AUCCGAAUGCGAAAUGGUUUGGGAAGGCCGACUUGAUGUCGAGCACUGUAAACAGUUCUACUUCCUUUUCCGGUUGGCGAUCGCCUCAAAGGUACAUGAAAGAUGUAUUCGGCGAAUGCAAAAAUAGUCAAGCCUCAGGGCGAAAAGCCUGAUGAUUUCGAGUCAUCUAUCAGCCAGGCUCUGCUUGAGCUGGAGGUGAACUCCGACCUGAAGGCUUCGUUGUAUGAGUUGUUCAUUACUGGAGCUAAGGAGGUGGAUAUGCAGGGCAAGAAAGCCAUCGUGAUCUUUGUCCCUGUGCCACAAAUCAAAGCUUACCAGAAAAUCCAGACUCGUCUGGUGAGAGAACUCGAGAAGAAGUUCAACGGCAAGCCUGUUGUUUUCAUUGCCCAGAGGAGGAUCCUGCCGAAACCAACAAGAAAGAGUAAGAGGCAGAACAAGCAGAAGAGACCAAGAAGCCGUACUCUGACUUCUGUACAUGAUGCUAUUCUGGAGGACUUGUGCUACCCUGCUGAGAUUGUCGGCAAGAGAGUGCGUGUCAAGUUGGACGGCUCUCGCGUUAUCAAAGUGCAUCUUGACAAAAGCCAGCAAAACAAUGUUGAGCACAAGCUGGACACAUUCACCUUUGUAUACAAGAAGCUCACAGGCAAGGAUGUCACAUUCGAAUUCCCCGAAUUCAUGUUGUAAGGUGAAAACUAAGAAUAAAUGAAUUAAAACUAA